AUGCCAGGCAGAGAUCACACCGCCGAGGCCGAGACCUUCGACUUCAUUCUGGUAGGAGCAGGAUCAGCAGCAUGCUUGAUCGCGUCACGUCUCUCGCAGCGGCUACCCGAUCGCCGAAUCCUCGUUCUGGAAGCCGGGGAACAUGUUCGCGACGACGCCAUAGUCCAAACGCCCGGUCUAUCGGCAAAACUGAUGUCAUCUGAGUACGACUGGCAAUACAUUUCCGUGCCGGAGCCAGGUCUGAACAACAGGAGAGUGAAGCAUCCGAGAGGGAAGUUGGUGGGGGGAACCAGUGCGAUCAAUAGUCAUAGUGUGGUGUUCCCUAAUCACGAAUGGCAAGACCGUAUCGCGAAUGAGCUCUUAUCAGAUCCGGGGAAAGAAGAGUGGAGUGCAAAGAGCAUGGGAGAUUGCUACAGCCGAUGGCAGGCAGAACACCCCGAACCCAAACUUGACGAUGGUAUAAAGACAUCAUACCCGCGUACCAUGGACUAUCUCCAAUCUCGCUGGACGGAAGCCUUUGAGGAGCUAGGUCAUCCGACGGGCACUACAGGAUUUGCCGAGAGCAAUGCUGGCGCAGUCACUGUCACCAAUGCGAUCGACUCAUCAAAAGGCGAGCGAAGCCACGCAGGCCAAGCAUUCCUAGAGCCCGCCUUGAAACGGGGCAAUGUGACAAUAAGAACCGGCAUAAAGGUCGACAAGAUUGCUUUUGACGAGGCGUUGACCGCCGAAGGGAAGCUUAAUGCCACGGGCGUUCACUUCACACACGAAGGCGAGGAGUAUCUGAUCGAUGGUCGAGAGAUUAUCCUCUGCGCAGGCGUAUUCGAGUCUCCCGCGCUAUUGGAACGAUCAGGUAUUGGAUCCAAAGACGUCCUCGCGGCCGCGAAUGUCCCACUCUUAUACGAGCUGCCAGGCGUCGGCGAGAACUUGCAGGAUCAUCUGAACUGCGGUCUGUCCAUCGAAGCUGGAGACGACACUCCAACUCGUGACGACGGACUACGAGACCCUAUGGUGCAAAGGGCGGCAUUAGAAGAGUACGGGAAAAGUCGCACGGGUCGACUGGCUGAAGGAGGAGCGUACAGUUUCGCUUUCACGCCACUGCAGUUACUAGAAACUCACUCAGAGACGGAGGAACUGGUUGCAAUGGUCAAGCAUUCGGUGGAAGCAGAGAGCAACCCCAGCCUCAAAGCCCAGUACUCCGUCAUCCAAAAGGCCGUCGAGAGCCCUAGCGAAGCAACAGCCACGACCUUCAUGCUGCGUUCACAGCGUCACAGAGACCUCGAAUCGAUGCCUCCAAACACGCCAUCUGUGGUCGAUGGCAACUACAUCACCAUUGUUGCCAUGUUGGCGCAUCCAUUCUCGCGCGGAAACUGUCAUAUCUCCUCCGAUCCUUCGCUCAAGCCAGAGAUCAAGUUUAACUACCUAUCGCAUCCUCUUGACGUGGAGAUCUUCGCUCGCCACCUCCGUCUCAUUGAGAGGCUCUUCCAAAAGCCUGUCUUUACUGCUAUGGCAAAACCAAAUGGAAGACGAUUGCCUCGAAGCUUUCCCCACCCAGUGACGUCGCUUGAAGAUGCGAAAGGGAUCCUUCCUAUCAAUUCGGCAACGAACUACCAUCCUUCUAGCACUUGCUCGAUGAUGAGAGAGGACCUAGGGGGCGUUGUUGACGAACGACUGAGAGUAUACGGAACGAAGAAUGUGAGGGUUUGCGACGCUAGUGUUUUGCCGAUUAUACCACGAGGGAACAUCUUGACCGCUGUCUAUGCUUUCGCGGAGAAGGCGGUUGAGAUUAUCUGUGCGGAAGCGAAAUCGGGCUUUAUCAAACCCUAA